AUGGAGCCUUUACAUAUGACCGAAUUCGGUUCCGACCGGUACUUGGAGAAGGCGCUUCAACAGUCGCAAGCAACACAAGCAACGCCAGCACCUGCGACCCCAAGACUCUCCCAGUCCCAGUUCAUACUACCCCUUCGCGGGUCCAGUCUGUCCGAGACAGACGCUCCACCAGCCAAAUCCGUUGACCAGAAACGCUCUGAGAAGAGAGGUUUUGGUUUUCUCAAAAACAAGUUUCAUGUCAAAGGUUCCGCGGCUACAACUGGGAGUAGUGUCGAGCCUCCGAAUAAACGGCCCUCGUCGACCCACUCGAUAACCGCUGCCCGGCGAAGUCUCCCGUUCGACCAUCUCUUUGCCGCCCUACCGAAUGAACUGCAAGUCGAGAUCAUCGCGUCGCUCCCGCUCUCCGACAUCUUGAACCUCAGGCUAGCCUCCAGAUCCCUCCACGCCCUUGUAUCGCUGAACGAGACACCCAUAACCCGCUACCAUCUCGACCACCAUGUGCCUGCCUACGCCAAGCGUCUUUACCCGGCUCCGCGGGGCAUCCCGCUGAACUUACAUUACCUGUGUGGCCUGUGGCACCGGCUACACGUGGCUGCCAAGUUGUCACACUUGAUCUGCGAAUGGGUUUCAAAGGAGUUGUUCUUUCGCAACACGGAGGAUAAGAAGAGGGAAUUCGCGCCGCAAAGGGAGCGAAUGCGACGGCGCCUUAUACCCAGGCUCUUCACCGUCUUCCACUUCUUCGAAACCUACCGGACACUGCACCUUAAAUACAUGGCUGAGCACGGGUACGGGCUGCACCAAACCCCGUAUACGAUCAAUCCCAUCGAAGCCGAAAUCCUCAGCAUGUACGAUGACCGCACUCUUCUCCAAGUUCACGAAAUCUUUCCGCUCGUCAUGGCGUCCUUCGACAGACGCCUUCGUCCACCAACCUAUGUGGGUCGUGUGGAACGAUCGUUGAGGGGAUACCUCAGGGAGAAGCCGCCUGAAGAGGUACACGUCGCCAUUCUCUGUCUCGGCGGCCUGCGACAGGUGGAGAAGAUAUGGGAAGUCAAGGGCUACAACGCCCGGCGCGCCGCCGUCGACGCCUGGUAUUCGUCCAUCGUCCAGCAAACUUCUGAGCCGGAAGCGAAAAAGCGCAGGGGAAUGUUGGGUUUGAAGCGCAAGAAGUCUUCGUCUGUUUUGGGGAAGCCAUGCACAAAUGAUGGUGCCUCAGUCUCUGGAAGUGCCGACAGCAUGAGUCUCGCCAAAGGAAAGCAGCCGGAAAGUCUGGUGUUCUGCACCAGUCUAGCAGACGGCAUGCCCAUGGGCUCUUUGAGCAAGGAGGAGCUCAAACUUCUUGUUCCAGAUCUGCCGGGACUCCGCCAGAUAUGGUCCGAGACGGCCGAAACCUUGAUUUUGGAUGACCGGAAAAUCGUCCAGCGGCAGAGCGACAUUCGACGUAAUGCCCAGAUAUUCACCGACCUCAUCAGUGAGAACAGUAGUGCCGACGAGGACCAAUGGCUCUACGGCACUACCGCACCCGACUCGCUACGACCGAACCUAGAUGCCAUCGAGGAGGACUUGAUGGAGUGA